GUUUUGAAAAACAAAUUUCUGUUGCUCACAUUGUUGUAAUAUUAACCAGAGAAAAUAUUGUCAUUUAUCUGUGAUCUUUUUCAAACGAACUAUUUAUUGUUCGAUUAUGGUUUUCGCUCUCCAAAAGUGCACCUAUAAUCUCGACUCCCUGGAUGAGUGCAAGUCAUCAUCAAUACAAGUUCUUAAAGGCCUAAGAUGGCGUUUCUAGGCCACGAUGCAAUAACCAAAAAAGUAAAAACUCUAAAAAGACAACAAAUGUAUUCUAGAAACGGUUGCGCACCAUACUCACGCAACUGAUAAGAGAAAAAUUGGAAACAAUAGGGAUAUGGCAAUAUCUACAACUGAUGUAUACCUUUCUCCAAAUGCAGAAUUCCCGAGUCAUUUCGCAAAGUUUUCAGUUUUUUUAAACAAAGUUUUCAUUCAAAGCUGUGGCAACUCUUACCCAAACCCAAAGGUGGUGAAAAGACGAAAACUAUCGGAGUCGGACUCGGGAGGCGGCAACAAUACAACGCUUUCGACAGCCCGCACGGUAGACAAUAUGCUCGCACAAAAAACAACUAAAAUGUCUUUGGGCAAUGAAACCAUACCAAUUGGAGAAGAUGCUUUGCUGCAAGAGUUGGGCUAUAAAAACGCAAAUGAUCUCCAAGAAACUGUAUAUGAUGUGCUUCGGACAAUAAGAGAUCCUGAAAAGCCAUGUACGUUAGAAGAUCUGAACGUUGUCUAUGAGGAAGGGAUCAUUGUGCAGCCGUCAACAAAAUCAAAUGUAUCUGUGGUCCGUAUUGAAUUUAAUCCCACUGUGCCACAUUGCUCUUUGGCCACACUCAUUGGAUUAUGCAUCCGUGUUAAAGUCGAACGCAGCUUGCCGCAUAAUAUUAAACUGGACAUAUACAUUAAGAAGGGCGCGCAUACAACAGAGGAUGAAAUAAAUAAGCAAAUAAACGAUAAGGAGCGCAUUGCUGCCGCUAUGGAGAAUCCAAAUUUGCGGGAAUUAGUGGAGAAUUGUAUAAAAGAAGAAGAAUGAAAAAUGACUUAAAACAACUCUAAAUAAAAUUAAUGUAGUGUGUAAAAACGGUUAUUUAAAGUAAGAAAUGUAACACAAAGUAAUUAAGAUCAACAAAAUGUAUACAUAUGUAUAUUUAUAUUUUAUAUGUACAUACAAUUUUUUAAUAUACUACGUUCAAAAGCUGGUUAUUGUUAA